UCGGUCCGCCGGAGUGCCGGGCGGCGUCGGUGCUGCGGGGCCAUGAUCCGGAACGGGCUCGGGGCGGCGGGCGCCUCGGAGCCGCCGGGCCCGCCGGGCCGGCGCCCCGUGAGGGUGUGGUGCGACGGCUGCUAUGACAUGGUUCAUUACGGCCACUCCAACCAGCUGCGCCAGGCCCGGGCCAUGGGCGACUACCUCAUCGUGGGUGUGCACACUGAUGAGGAGAUUGCCAAGCACAAGGGGCCCCCAGUGUUCACGCAGGAGGAGAGAUACAAGAUGGUGCAGGCCAUCAAGUGGGUGGACGAGGUGGUGCCGGCUGCGCCCUACGUCACCACGCUGGAGACGCUGGACAAGCACGACUGUGACUUCUGUGUCCACGGCAACGACAUCACACUGACCGUGGACGGCCGAGACACCUAUGAGGAAGUGAAGCAGGCCGGGCGGUACCGAGAGUGCAAGCGCACGCAGGGCGUGUCCACCACAGACCUGGUGGGCCGCAUGCUGCUGGUGACCAAGGCCCACCACAGCAGCCAGGAGAUGUCCUCCGAGUACCGGGCGUAUGCAGACAGUUUUGGCAAGCCCCCUCUCCCGUCACCUGCCGGGGACACGCUUCCCUCAGAAGUCUCCUUCCAGUGCCCGGGGGGGCGGAACCCCUGGACAGGGGUGUCCCAGUUUCUACAGACGUCCCAGAAGAUCAUCCAGUUUGCCUCUGGGAAGGAGCCCCAGCCAGGGGAGACGGUCAUCUAUGUUGCUGGCGCCUUUGACCUGUUCCACAUCGGGCACGUGGACUUCCUGGAGAAAGUGCACCGCCUGGCAGACAGGCCCUACGUCAUCGCCGGCCUGCACUUUGACCAGGAAGUGAACCGCUACAAAGGCAAGAACUACCCCAUCAUGAACCUGCACGAGCGGACCCUGAGCGUGCUGGCCUGCCGGUACGUGUCGGAAGUGGUGAUCGGGGCCCCGUACUCGGUCACGGCGGAGCUCCUGGGUCACUUCAAGGUGGACCUGGUGUGCCACGGCAAGACAGAGGUGGUGCCUGACAGGGACGGCUCCGACCCCUACCAGGAGCCCAAGAGAAGAGGCAUCUUCCGGCAGAUGGACAGCGGCAGCGACCUCACCACAGACCUCAUUGUGCAGAGGAUCAUCAAGAACAGGUGCCGCCCCCCCCCCCCCCCCCGCGUGGCCCCGGCCCCCCGGCCCAGCGCUGACCACAGCCCGGUCCCCCAGGUUAGAGUAUGAGGCGCGAAACCAAAAGAAAGAGGCCAAGGAGCUGGCCUUCCUGGAGGCCAGGAGGCAGCAGGAGGCGCAGCCCGCGGGGGAGAGCGACUAGCCGGUGGAGGACUGGCCGCGCGUGCCCGGCUCCGGGCCCGCCCGCCGGGCCCUCCGUCCUGGCGCGUGUCUGGCGCACUCGGCGCCACAGCAGGUGGCAGCGCCGCCCUCUCCCUGGCCUGGCUCCGGGCGGCCGGCGUGGAGGGCGCCCGCUUCCGCGGGCCCAGCCCUCUCCCCGCACAGCGCCUGGGCGUGGCCGGCGGGCGGGGCCCGCACAGGGCCCCUGCUGCCCACUGGGCUCCCCUGCCACCCCCCACGGUGAACCCCACCCCUGUCCUGCCCGCCCAGCCGGGGGGAGGGGGCACAGGCCGGGCUGCUCCGGGGGCGCCCUCUGCCGGGGCGUGCCCCAGCACUUCCCCCCGGCCUCCCUUCCACCAGACUUCCCGGUCUCAGCUUUGUGCCUCAGUGGCCGGCCAAAGGCCCCGGUGCCACUGAAUAAAGCUCGAGGGGACGUGCUGUGUGAGCCCCCAGCUCUGUGCAAGACCAGGACGCUGGCCUGCGGGGCCCGCGCACAAGGGACUUGGGGGGGAGGGCGGGGUUGCCUGGGGCUGAGGCCCAGGCCGGCCCUAGCGCCUUCCCUGCACUCCCGAAGUUGUCUUUCCAGCGCUCCGCCUAAGCACUCAGCUGCGGAGUCACGGACGUGGGGGCAGCGGCAGGGGGUGUGCUGGUUUGUUUUCUUCCUUGGUGGUACUAAGGCUUGAACUCAGGGCCUUGAGCUUCUGUUGUUGGCACUCUACCACUUGAGCUAGGCUUCUAGCUUGGCUUUUUGAUGGUUAUUUGGAGGAUAAACUCUACCAAACUUCUGUU